CGCUACAUUGGUGGCAGCGGCGGCACGCAGAAGGCGGAAAAACAGGAUGGACCCGGCCCCGAUUCAUUGCCCGCACUGUGACCAGACGUUCGGGAGGAGGAGGAACUUAAAGAGGCACCUAAACACCGCGUGUGUGGCGCUCCACCCGGAGCGCCCAUACCCCUGCCAGAGAGGAUGCGGAGUUCGGUUUUUUAGGGCCGAUGUCCGCGCCAGACACCACCGGUUCUGCCAAGGGGACAGCGUGGCCGUGGUGAUGGCGGAGGCCGAUGUGCUGGAGGUGCACGCCAGUGACGACGACAUGAGACAGGCCCCGUCCCCGCCUCAUCUCUCCCGGCAGGGGACCCCAGACCCACCUCCAUUCGGACGGUGUGGUCCGGCAGGACGGUCACCGUCGCCGCCGCCACUAAGAAGACGGGUAAGUCCAGAGUCGUCAGGGGGCCGGGGGGCCGCGACCACCCGGAGCGGUCCUCCCGGCCUUCCCGCCCUGAACAGGACAGGUCACCUGGUUGGCGGAGCCGGGACCGGGCCGAGCGACCCUGCCAGCCACCACCCUGGUGGAGUCCCGACCGGCGGUUCCCCUGGAGCCGUGCCCAGGGCAGGCGUCCUCGCUUCAGCAGGGCAGCGGAAGCAAGCCCUGGUCACCCCCAGCCGACACGGGCGGAGGGCGGAACGCAGACGGAACCCCCGAUGUCCCCUGAGGUUCGGACGGGACCUCGCUGCGACUGGAGACGGCCGGCGCCCUCCACCCGGACAACACCACCAGGGAGGCCGCCACGCACAUGCUGGAACCCCUACGUACCAGGGACAGCAGUACGGCCAGCACUUCGUAGAUCCCUCCGUGUCCGCUCAACCUUCUCUGGGAGGAAUGCUGCCCCCUGGAGCGCCUCCGCCCCCGCGCUACCCCGAUGGCGUCCCCCGAGAGUUCUGGGAGCAGCUGUUCCGACAUACGGAGUUCCAGCGCCGGCCGCCAUCCACCAACUAA